CAUUUAUGUCAAGCAAAAGCCGCGCGGCGGCGGACCAAUAGCCACUCCGUGUUUUCUUUUUGAAAUUAUUUUUUUUUUGUGGUUUGAAAAUUGAAAAUCCUUUGGGUUUCUAGCUGGUAAUUUGAUUUCUAUUAUUUGUUUUGGUAAAUAUUUGGGAAAAUGAUACGCCAUAUAAGAAUAAUAUCAAGGCCGUACAAGCAGGGACAAUGGUUAUCGGCUUGCCAAAAGUUCAACUUUAACCCCAACGUUAAAUUAAACAAUUGCUUAUCAACUCAAAACCAUCAUAAUCAGAAGCAAGGAUCAUCUCGUUGGACAGAAUGGGAAGGAAUACUAAAAAGGUUUGUGCCUAUAGGAGUAUGUCUCCUAGCAGUGAUGCAAUGGCGUGCUUACCGUCGCAAAACAAAAGAGGGCACUGUGGCGAAACAGUGGGAGGUUAAUUGCUAUUGCUUCUUACCUUUAAGGACCCUAAGCCGAUGUUGGGGAUAUGUAGCUGAUACAAAACUGCCAGAAUUUGCCAGACCAACAGUGUACGGAACGUACGCGAAAACUUUUGGUGUCAAUAUUGCUGAAGCUCAAUAUGAAGAUUUGAAGCACUAUCCUAGCUUAGCAGAUUUUUUCACUAGACCUUUAAAAGAAGGUGUCAGGAAGAUAGAUCAACAGAGCUGCCUUAUUUCACCUUGUGAUGGAACAGUACUAAGCGUGGGAACUGUUACUAAUGGACAGGUUGAACAAGUCAAAGGUGUGACCUACUAUGUCAAAGAUUUCUUGGGAGAGAAAAUAGAUGAACAAAAUAUCAACAAUAACUUAUCGAAGGAAAUCCAUGAACAUUUGCUGCAUAAACCCCAUGAAGGCAACACAUUGUAUCAAUGUGUCAUCUAUUUAGCACCUGGUGAUUAUCACAGAUUUCACUCGCCUGCCAAAUGGAGUCCAACACACCGAAGACACUUUUCUGGGGAGUUACUUUCGGUAAACCCCCGGAUCGCCCAUUGGUUGCCAGGAUUGUUUGUUUUGAAUGAGAGAGCAGUCUACUUGGGCGAAUGGGAACAUGGUUUCUUUUCUUACAGUGCAGUUGGUGCAACGAACGUUGGAUCAAUCAAAGUAUUUUUUGACAAAACACUCCAUACCAACCAGAAAAAGAAAACUCACAAAUUCAAAGAAGUCUGUCUAGGAAGUACAGUAAAACUCGACAAAGGCGACUUAUUAGGAGAAUUCAGGAUGGGCUCGACUAUAGUAGUCAUUUUUGAGGCACCAAUCCACUUUAAGUUCAGUAUUGGUCAAGGACAAAAGGUGCGCAUGGGUCAGUCUCUGGGUACCGUCCAGUCGGAAAACAGGGUUAUAGACAUAAGGCAAGCUAGAAAUGUGAGAGCUGGACGCUAAUUUUUUAUUGAUUAGUUUUAAGAAUGUAUUAUUAAUGUAAAUUGUGAUAUUUUAUUAAAUGGAAUUUUUAAUAAAACAUUUAUGAUAUUGUUUGUGGUAAUCCUGGGAAUGUAUAGCUUCAACGAGCAUGUUUUGGAAAAAAUGUCAUCAGGC